GCUAAAAGCAACCAACAUGGCGUCGCCUCUGAUGAUCUUCACUGCGGAGCGACACUGGACGGAGGACAAAGAGAGGGCGCUCAUCGCCUUCUUCUCCAAACACAGCUGUCUGUGGAACCACAAGUCGGAGAGCUACAAGAACAAGCAGCUGCGGUGGGAAACGCUGGAGCAGCUGAGGAUCCUGCUGUCGGCUCAUCCGCCGCCGGUUCCUUUCACCGUGGAGGACAUCAAGAGCAAAUUCAAGAACCUGCGGACCACCUUCCAGCGCCAGUCCAAACUGGCUAAAGCCAUGAAGCAGGUGGACUCCGAGCAGGACUUCGUCCCCCAGUGGAAGUACUACGAGCAGCUGAUGUUCCUGCAGGGCAGCUGGGACCAGGACGACGACCCCGGCCCGUCUCCGCCGUCUCUGCUGACCUCCUGCGCUCCGCAGGAGGUCAGCCAGCAGCUCGCUGCCGCCGCCUCGUCCUCCUACAGCCCCUCGCCCGCCAGGUGUUACUGGACGGAGGAGCAGGAGCGCGCUCUCAUAUCCUUCUACUCCGAGCACAGCUGUCUGUGGAACAAGAAGUCUGAAAACCACAGCAACCGCCAGCUGAGGCUGAGGCUGUUCGAGGCUCUGAGGAGCCAGCUGCUGGCCGAGCACAGCGGGAGCUUCUCCGUGGAAGACGUGAAGUACAAGUUCAAGAACCUGCGGACGGUUUUCAGCCGGGAGCACAAGGCGGUCCAGGCCAGCAGGGCCUCCGAGACGCCCCACGUGUCCAAAUGGAAGCACUACCAGCAGCUGCUCUUCCUGUCCGAGUCGUGCGACGAGGACGACGGCGUGGAGUCGUACCGAGACAGGGCGGCGGAGCAGGGAGCCCAGACCUCCUCCUGCUCCUUCCAGGCUGACGUCGAGCCCGGCGGCGGCUUCCAGAUCUUCGACUCGGCGUCUCCGGAUCACGUGAAGACGGCGGCCGACAGCAUCCCGCCGUCUCCGGUCGCCAACGACUCCCUCCUCGGCCUCUCGCCUUCCUGUGUGCUUCAGGCCGACAGACCGGGCGCCGACGGCCACUGCCUGUGGAGCGACGCCAAGGUCCAGCAGCUCAUCAGCUUCUUCUCAGAGCACAGCGGGCUGUGGGACCGCCGGGCCGAGGGCUACCAGAACCGGCCCCUGAGGCAGAGCCUGCUGGAGACGCUGAGCCGCCUGCUGUCCGACGGCGAGCGCGUGGCGUUCACAGUGGACGACAUCAAGACGAAGUUCAGGAACCUGCGGACCAUCUUCCAGCGGGAGCACAAGGUGGUGAGGACCAACCGGAUCUGCGGCUCGGAGGACUUCUACAUGCCCAAGUGGAAGCACUACCAGCAGCUGAUGUUCCUCUGCGACUCCUGUGACGAGGACGAGGAGCCCGAGGGGCCCGGCCUCCUCCGACUGGACCGCCGGGCCUCCGCCCUGCCGCCCCACCAGUCCCCCCUCUCCAAAACCCCCUCGGACUCCCAGCACUCCUCGCCCGCCGCCUCCCCCUCCCCCUCCCCCUCCAUCUCUUCCAACCCCGCGUCUCGCCGCAGGACGGCGCCGUCGGGCGACGAGGUGCUGGACCUCCUGAAGGCGUUGUGUCAGAACCAGCAGGCCUCGCCGCACGCCGGCUUCCUCAAGUACGUGGAGGAAUGUCUGAACGACACGCCGCCCGGCAAGGUGCGGCGGCUGAAGAAGAGGAUCAUCGAGACCAUCCACAGCGCAUCCGAGGAGGGUUGAGCGCUCCGGCGCCGGGCCGUACACCGCCCCAGUGGAGGCGUUUCCACAACAGUGUCAUGCCAUGUUAAUCAGAGUGUGUGUGAGUGUGUGGAGGGUGGGGGGGAUGGUUUCCCUGUUUUUCACGGUUAAUGGUUUAGCUGCUGUGAAGCACUCUGUGUUGCUUUUAUUGUGUCAAAGAGAUGGAGAACUUAUCAGGAGUCUUUAUGGAGAUCAGCUCUGUUCCAAUGAUGUGCCUAAUCUGUUCCAGAAGUUUUGGUUUUGAUGAAAGUGCAGCUAAUUGAGAAAAUAAAAGUGAAUA